UUAUACACAACAGAUGUUUAUCAUAACAUCAAACGUCAAAUGUGUUGGAAAUAAGAAAACAAUAAAUAUUUGUAUCAAUUCUUACGUCCAUUCAAAUCAAGCACUUUUCGUGUGACAAUUAAGUAAUAAUUUGCUACACACUUAUCGCAUAUGAGGCCAACCCUUCCCCCCAUCCCUACCACUCGUAGCCCACAAUCUGUCAGUCGUUUCUAUACUCAUACUAAUUGUUAUCUCAAUUAAUUUUUUUUAUACAACACGUCACUCAUCUGUUGAGAUCCCAAAAGCAAAUCAAUGGCUAAAUGCGGUGGUAUUGGAGAGACCAAAGACCCGGACGAAACCGUCCAUCACAUCUGUCACGAGGUCCGCAAAGACGUGGAGGACAAGAAUGGCAAGACAUUCACCGAAUUCACGCCAAUCGGGUUUAGGACACAACUAGUGAAUGGUGUCAAUUACUUCAUUAAAGUGCGCGUGAGUGAUGGCAAAUACGUGCACAUCCGUAGCCAUAAGGCAUUCACCGGUGAAAUCAGUUUAUCUAACUUUGAGGACAACAAGACUCUCGAGGAAGAGAUCGCGUACUUCCACUGACAGGUCGUGUGUCUCCAGACACACGCCGCGGAUGGAAGUGACCACUGAUUCCGUCUCUGUUUUUCUUUCAGCAGAUAUUAUAUAUUACUUAAGACUUAUUUUCUAUGACUUUUAUCACGUGUUUAUAACUAAUUAAAUACCGAUUCAAUUGAAACCAAAAAAUCAAAUUUUUAAACAAAAUGUUUGCACUUUUGGACCAAAAAAUGUUAGCAUUUCUGCGAAACC